ACACUUUAUUUAGAGUGACCGUACCAGGACGAUAAUAAUUCGAAGAUAGUUCUGGAAUUUCGUAGAUUUAAUUAAUAAUAAAAGCCUAAUAAGCAAAGCAAAGUAGCCAAUAUGUCGGACUGGGACUCUGUGACCGUUCUGCGGAAGAAGGCACCCAAAUCGUCUACUCUGAAGACGGAAUCGGCAGUUAACCAAGCGCGCCGUCAGGGAGUCGCUGUGGACACCCAACAGAAAUAUGGUGCUGGCACCAACAAGCAGCAUGUAACCACCAAAAACACUGCCAAACUGGAUCGCGAAACCGAGGAGCUGCGCCACGACAAGAUUCCCCUCGAUGUGGGCAAGCUCAUUCAGCAGGGUCGCCAAACAAAGGGCCUGAGCCAGAAGGACCUUGCAACUAAAAUUUGCGAAAAGCAGCAGGUCGUGACCGAUUACGAGGCUGGGCGCGGUAUCCCGAAUAACUUGAUCUUGGGAAAGAUGGAGCGCGUUCUGGGCAUGAAGCUGCGCGGCAAGGAGCGCGGCCAACCAAUAGCGCCUCCCGGUAAGAAGUGAGACGAUGCUGCCGCGUCCGCUGCUAGUGGUGCUCAUCCUACGACCACCUCAGCACGCAGCGCCCGUCAACAGAACCAUCAACAACCGGAUUCUGGCGGCUGGAGCACUGUAAGCGGCAGACGCAAAUGAAGCAUUAUCGGGAGGCUGAAGACCCAAAUCAAAUCGGAU